CAGGCCAGCCCAGACCGCAUUGUUCUGGGCUACCAGCAAUGGCCGCCAUUACCUGACCACCACCACCAGAGCUGGUCUCUCGGAGGGCGCCCGGAGAACUGACUGGAGUUUUCUGCUUUUCCCAGGGCCUCUGCCCCUCUGAGGCAUGACCAGAAGACAGGGCUAAGUGUGGCCUGCAGGUUUGGAGAAGCCUUCACGCAGGACGCAGCUGGCGGGGGCCGCGGCGGGCACGAUGCUGGGGUUUGAGCUCCUGCUCACGCUGCUGCUCUGGUCAAGCGCCAAGGCUCAGGAAAACACUUUCACCAUCAACAGCAUCAAGAUGAACAGCCCGUCAGGCUGGGAGGUGCCCAACGGGUUCAACCUGACCCUGCAGUGCAUCGUGGACAUCAGCACCACCUCGCAGCACAAGCCUCAGCACCUGAUGCUGUUCUACAAGGACGACGUGCUGGUCUACAACGUCUCCUCCAUGGAGAACACGGAGAACUUUACCAUUCACCAAGUUCGAGUCUUCCACUCAGGGAGGUACAAGUGUACUGUGAUUCUGAACAGCAAGGAGAAAACCACUCAGGAGUACCCAGUGCUGGUGAAAGGCGUUCCCAAUCCCAUAGUGACCCUGGACAAGAAGGAGGUGAUAGAAGGUGAAAUCGUGAAAGUCACCUGUUCGGUACCAGAAGAAAAGCCACCAAUAUAUUUCACAAUUGAAAAACUCGAACUUGAUUCAACUAUCAAGCAAAAGAGAGAGAAAUCUUCCAACCAGAAUUCUGUGACAUUGGAUUUCACAAUCGAGGAACAAGACAGUGUUUUAGUCUUCCGCUGUCACGCUGGGAUCAUGUCUGGGACCCUAAUGCAGACCUCAGAAUUCACGAGGAGUGAAGUUGUUACUGUUAGGGAAUCCUUCUCUACUCCCAAAUUCGACAUUAGUCCUCUUGGCAUGAUCACAGAAGGAGAUCAGCUUCGCAUUAAGUGCACAGUGCAUCUGACCCACCUGGACAGAGAGUUUCCGGAAAUCAUAAUACAAAAGGACAAGGUGAUUAUGGCCACCACCAAACAAAGCAACGAGGCCAGCUACUCGGUCAUGGCCAUGACGGAACACAGCGGCGUCUACACGUGCAAAGUGGAAUCCAACCGCAUAUCCAAGGUCAGCAGCAUCGUGGUCAACAUCACAGAACUGUUUCCCAAGCCGAAGCUGGAAUAUUCCUCCAACCAGCUAGACCAGGGCGAAAAGUUGGACCUGCUGUGCUCGGUGGUAGGUGCACCGUCAGCCAACUACACGAUCCAGCAGGAAGGCGUGAUCGUGUCACUGGACCAGAAUCUCAGCAAGAUCGCCAUGGAGCGGGACAGCGGCACGUACACCUGCACCGCGAGCGUCGGCAGGGUGGCCAAGAGAAGUGACGGGGUGGAGGUCAAGGUGUGCGAAAUGCUCUCCAAGCCCAGCAUUUUUCAUAAUGCCAAGUCUGAGAUCAUAAAAGGACAGCCCAUAAGUAUCAGCUGCCAGUCGAUAGGUGGGUCCCCACCUAUUGCUUAUCACCUUUUAAAAGGGAAGAACGCUUUUCAGAGUUACACGAAGCCCUCCAAUGACCCUGCAGUCUUCAUCGACAAGCCGACCAAAGACACAGAGUACCAGUGCAUGGCAGACAACUGUCAUUCCCACCCCGAGAUGCUCAGUGAGGUUCUGAGAGUCAGGGUGAUAGCCCCGGUGAAUGAGGUCAGCAUUUCUGUCCUGGAGAGUAAGGAGGUGGAGUCUGGGAAGUCGCUGGUGCUUUACUGCUCCGUGAAAGAAGGAACGGGUCCUAUCACGUUUAAGUUUUACAAAGAAAAUGAAGACAAGCCCUUCUACCAAACCACCUCAAAUGAGACCCGGGUGCCUUGGCACAAGGAGAAGGUUAGCAAGGAGCAAGAGGGGCAGUACUACUGCACGGCCUCCAACAGCGUCAGCCUCCCCAAACUUAUCUCCCGAAGCAAGACUCUGACCGUCACAGUCUAUUUCGCUGCGUGGAAGAAGGGACUUAUUGCGGUGGUGGUUAUUGGAGUGAUAAUAGCCACCUUGAUCGUUGGGGCCAAAUGUUACUUUCUGAGAAAAGCCAGAGCCAAGCAGCAGCCCGUUGAGAUGUCCAGGCCAGCAGCACCACUUCUGAACUCCAACAAUGAGAAGAAGUCGGAGUCCAACAUCGAAGCCAACAGGCAUUACGGUUAUAAUGACGAUGUUGGAAACCAUGCAAAGACACCACUAAAUGAAAAGAAAGACCCUCUCAGUGUGGAUGUGGAGUACACAGAAGUAGAAGUAUCUUUAGUGGAGCCCCACCAAGCUCUGGGAAAGAAGGGCACAGAGACGGUGUACAGUGAGAUCCGGAAAGUCGGCCCUAAUGUCAUGGAAAACAGUUUCUCUAGAACAGAAAGCUCCCUUGAUGAAACCUAGGACAGCGAAGGCAGCUGGACGUCCCAGGAGGACAUCAGCAUCCCAAGAAGAGAAGAUGAUUCCCAUGUUCCAAGAGCUCUAUGUGCCUAUAUUUAUGAACUGGCCGGCCCCCACCAAACAUAGCAAUUUCUCAGGCCAAGCCAUCAGUCCUUAGGUCCAUCCUGCCUUGUUAACAUUUGGUAUAACAAGACACACAGAGGCUGUUUAGCUGUCCCGUGGCCCUCCUUCCAAGUUGGAGCAUCCUUGUCAUUUGGAAGAGUGGGAGGAGGUUGGGAGGAGGUUCAAGGUAAAACCUCUGGAAUAUUUUGAAACUUGAACAUUGUGUCUUAGACAGAUUAAGAGGUUUUCCAUGGGUCUUCCUACAUAGAAACCAGUUUUUGUUUUGUAGUAAAGAAAGGCCUAGACUGGGGGCUAUUUUUUUUUUUUUUUGGUUUGUUUGUUUGUUUUGUUUUGUUUCCUUUUCUUCUGGUCUUUCAAAGACCUGCACCCCUGGACGAGCCUUGUUCUUUGGAAGUGUACAGCGCUGACCAGCUUCACCUCAUUCCCUCUGCGACCUUUACCCUCCACAGACGGGGCAACGGAGCCAACUGGGAGUAACUCCUCUGAAAUGCCAAUCUGAAGACAAGAUUGACUGGGGCAAUGCUGAAAAUAGAGAAUGUGGAGCAAACACGGAGAUUCCUCACCUGUUUUCUUUAUGUUUUUUUUUUUUUCUCCCUCUUCUGUGCUGAAGCCAACAGAUUGAGAAAUGGUUGUCUACAGCAAAUAUUAUUUUAAAUAGAAAAAUGAAAUUUGCAUUUUUCUCACUAAUUUUUCUUUAUUUAUUCUUGCUAAAGAAAUAGUCUCUCCUGAGGUCUUAGGAUGUUUCCAUGGGUAUUCUGAGUAGAUGGAAAGAGGGUUGUUCCAUUUUGCCAUGGAGUAAACAUACCUAACCCAGACUGCCUUCCCUGUUCCCCUCAGCCACAUAACCACAGGACCCCUGAGGGGUGAUGUAUUAAAUAAAUUUGAUCUUUACUCUUCA